AAGCGUGUGCUUCUCUGACUUGAAGAGACGUUUUCUUCUUCACCCGAUACAUAUAAAAUCCACAAGCAGCACAAAAGGAGACGUUUCGAUUCUUCAACCCAUUCCUUCCUCUCUGCUCCAACUCUUCCUUCAAUCACACACCCAGAAUCUCUCUCUCUCUCUCUCUCUCCAAGUUUGCUGCAAUGUCAGAGAAGAGGGAAGAGAGAGAGAUGAACGUGUACCUGGACGGGAUGAUAGAGUCCAUGCCUGUGUUCGCCAAGGAGCUGAUCGCCGGUGGCGUCGCCGGCGGGGUUGCAAAAACAGUGGUUGCGCCACUCGAGCGCAUCAAGAUUUUGUUUCAGACCAGAAGAGCAGAAUACCACAGCAUCGGGCUUUUUGGAUCCGUUAAGAAAAUUGCAAGGACAGAAGGGCCCAUGGGUUUCUACAGGGGAAAUGGAGCUAGUGUUGCAAGAAUUGUUCCAUAUGCAGCCCUCCAUUAUAUGACCUAUGAGCAGUACCGCAGAUGGAUUAUUCUCGCCUAUCCUGACGUUGGGCGGGGACCUGGUCUUGAUCUUGUGGCAGGAUCUUUUGCUGGAGGAACAGCUGUGCUUUUUACUUAUCCUCUUGAUUUGGUUCGCACAAAGUUGGCCUAUCAGGUUGUUGGUUCACAGAAGUUAAAUGCUCAAGGGGUACUGAAUUCUCAACAAAUAUAUAAAGGAAUUCUCGAUUGUUUCUCAAUGACUUACAGAGAGGCUGGACUUAGAGGCCUCUACCGUGGCGUUGCUCCGUCGCUUUAUGGGAUCUUCCCAUAUGCCGGUUUGAAGUUUUACUUCUACGAGGAGAUGAAGCGCCAUGUCCCUCCGGAGCACAAGAAGAGUAUUGUGUUCAAACUCGUAUGUGGUUCUGUUGCUGGUGUAUUAGGCCAGACUUUUACGUAUCCCCUUGAUGUGGUGAGGAGGCAGAUGCAGGUUCAAAGAAUCAUGGUAUCCAGCAGCCCAGAGAUGAAAGGAACAAUCGAAACCCUUGUUAUGAUCGCUCAAAAGCAAGGAUGGAAGCAAUUGUUUUCAGGACUUAGCAUCAAUUACUUGAAGGUCGUACCAUCUGUGGCAAUCGGGUUCACAGUUUACGAUAUAAUGAAGUCCUGCCUUCGAGUUCCAUCAAGGGACGAAGCUGAAGCUGUGAGAAAAGUGGUAACCAACAAAAGAAGUACCCAUCCAUCCUCCCUUGACUCCUAGUUACAUUUUCUUUCGGAAUUUUAACUUCAAACAAAAGUCCUACACAAUGAUUCGGAGCUUUUCCUUCCCUUCUAAAUCGUGAAUUAGGUUGACUUGUUGUACCAACCAUACCAUUUUCAGCUGUACAUUUCAUUCUUUGAAGCUGAAUAAUAGUCCAUCAGUAGGUUAAACCCUUCCCUUAGACAUCGUAGAAGCUCUAGUUCCACCGAUUAAGGUAGGAGAAAUCGUCGAUUAGACUACUUUGUACAAGAGGUAUCCAAACAGGGCAAUGUAUACUUAGGAUAGAAGAUUCUCAUUCAAUUGAAUAAUAAGCUUCGAGAUGAGUUUAAGCA